AUGGCCGCUUAUCGAAUUGAACAUUGCAAAAAAGCAGCGGAAUUUUUCAUCAAAUUCAGUAAGUUUCUUUCUAAAGGUUUGGGAGAAUUAACCAGUUUAUUGGAUUUUUUUGAAAAAUUUUACAAACUUUCUUCAUAUCAGCAAAUUUCAAGAUAUUUUGAGCUUAUUAAAAUUAAGGAGAAGUUGAAAUUUGUUUUUUAUGAUCUGAAAAAUUGUGUUUUGAGUUUCAGAAGUUGUCCUAUAAAUAUUAACUUAUUAUAAAUUGACUAAACAUUAAUUUUUGAGACACUGGCAGCAAGGCAUAUCUCCAAUACCACAAUGACGAUAAAAACCGAAUUCUCGACUUCCAACAUACCGUAACUCCACAAGAUCAACAAGGAAAAGGAAUUGCGAAACUUCUUGUUAAAGAAGGUUUGAAAUACGCGGCGGAAAAUGAUUAUUCAGUUAGGCCAAGUUGUUGGUAUGUGGCAAAAUAUUUGGAUAGUGAAGGAGCGACUGAAGAGGAGAAAAAAGUCGAUAUUAGACAUAAAAUUUAA